CAUGGUGAUGUUCCUGUUCAUGGCAUCAUUCCGAUCACACUCUCCUUACGCUGUCGAGCACGUCGGUACUCCGGGCUCGGCCAAUUACGCAGUCUGGGUCACAGACGCAGCAUCGGGCAAGAGAAUCUCGGCAUGGCACGAUGUGUGGCUCAUCCCCUCGGUAGCCACCGCAUCGUCGCACGUGGUCAACUUUGUCAAUGAGAUUCCCAGAGCCACUCGCGCAAAGUAUGAGACACAGACAACGGUUGCUGGCAAUCCCAUUGUUCAAGAUCGGAACGACGGCGGCGAGCUGCGGUCGUACACCUACGGCGAAACGUUCUUCAACUACGGCGGCAUACCGCAGACGUGGGAAGAUCCCAAUGUGAUGGAUGUCGAGUCGGGGGCCGGCGGUGACGGCGAUCCGCUUGACGUCAUCGAGCUCGGCGCCUCACCCCUGCGGGUCGGUGCUGUUACGCCGAUCAAGGUCCUUGGCGCCUUGCCCAUGCUCGACCAGGACGAGAUCGACUGGAAGGUCAUUGCCGUUGCCGUGGACGACCCGGCCGCGAGCCGCUGGCACUCGAUCAAUGACGUCGAGCCACGACUCAUGGCCGGCAUCACGGACUGGCUGGUCAACUACAAGACAACCGAUGGCAAGCCGAAGAACGUGCUAGGCGCUCCGAUUUCUUCCGCGGAGGCCAUGGCGCUCAUCCACGACUGCCACGCCCAGUGGCGCGCUCUCCGCCGAGGCCAUGCCCCGCCGGGCAAGCUCUGGACUGGUGUUCCGUCGUCUGCUGCUCGUGUCCCCUACGCUACUAUUCUCGCCGCCGCUGUUCACGCCGCCGAGUCGGCCGGUGAUGUCAUCGCUGCCGUCCACACUUCCAAGGCUCUUGCCACCGUCACCAAGGGCACCACUGAUGAGGGCGUCGUCGAUCCACUCACUCUCGCCGACCUCGCUUCACACACUAUCAUCACUUCGACCCUCGCCGACCUCUGGCCGGCCCUCGUCGUCGUCUCUGAGGAGGACGACCCCGAUCCGGACGCCGCAGCCGCCGUCGCCGACCUUCUUGCGGCUGCCACGCCGCGUCCGCUCGACCUGCAUCUAUUCGACGACCACGAUCCGGGGUUUCUCCACGCUGCGCCGCUCGACCGCCUCACGGUCUGGGUUGAUCCGCUCGACGCGACCAAAGAGUUCACCGAGGACCUCCUCGAGUACGUUACCGUCAUGGUCACCGUUGCUGACGCCGGCCGCCCUGUCGCCGCCUGCAUCCACCAGGUCUUUGCCGACUCGGCCGCGCCCGACCAACCGCAUGUCACCUCGGCCGCCUCGCGCGCCUCGCGCACCGUCUGGGCUCUUUCCGGUGCCGCCACGCCCGGCGGCCAUGCCGAGUCGGUCCUCUCGCCGCAGCCGCGGGUCAUCGUCUCGCGCUCGCACCCUGGCCAGCUCACCGAACCUCUCGACGCGCUCCACGCCUCCAAGAUUGCCGCCGGCGGUUCCGGCUUCAAGGCCCUCGCCGUAUGGGACGGCCAUGCCGACAUCUACCUCCACCGCACCGCCAUCAAGCUCUGGGACAUUGCCGCGCCCGAUGCUCUCUUUACCCUCAAUGACGGCACCUUUAUCGGAUGGUCCGGCGCCCGCUUUGACUACAGCGAGCCCGACGCGUACCUCACUCACAACGGUGUCUUGGCCUCGUUUGCCCCCACCAAGCGCCUCCUUGCCGCUCUCGAUGGCAUUGAGCCCGGCAGUGCCAAGUCCCACCCCAAGUCCUGAUCAAAUCUCC